AUGGCUGUAGAUUCAAAAGGAAAAGAAGCUGCGGCAAUGAAAGCUGACCUACUGAGAGCUCGCAAUGUGAAGAGGUACAUUAACCAGCUGACAGUGGCAAAGAAGCAAUGCGAGAAGAGAAUAAGGCUCCUGGGAGGGCCUGCUUAUGAUCAGCAAGAAGACGGUGUUUCUGAUGAAGGCGAAGGCCCUCAGAGUCAGAAGAUCCUUCAAUUUGAAGAAAUUUUGGCCAACCCUUCAUACCGAGAGCACUUCCGAAUCUACAUGGAAAGGAUGGACAAGAUGGCUUUGAUUGGUCUUUGGGAGUCCGUGGAGUAUCUGAAGAAUGCUAACAAGGCUGAAAUACCUCAACUGGUGAGCGAAAUUUAUCAGAAUUUUUUUGUGGAAAGCAGGGAAAUACCUGUGGAAAAAUCCCUUUAUAAAGAAAUACAGCAAAGUCUUGUGGGAAAUAAAGGCAUUGAAGUAUUCUACAGAAUUCAGGCAGAUGUUUACGAAACUCUAAAGGACAGAUACUACCCCUCGUUCAUUGUCAGUGAUUUAUAUGAGAGAUCAGUCAAGAAGGAAGAAGAAAGAAGUUCUGCUCAGCUAACUCCUGAGGACAAAGAUGAAGUGAGCCAAGGUUGUGAAGAAGCUACUGAAGAAUGCAGCACAAGAAUUAAUGAUCAGGCCAGUUAUGCUGUAAAUAAACUUCGCCAGCUAAAUGACAAGCUGGAGUAUAAGAAACAGGCUCUGAACUCCAUAUGUAAUUCACCAAAACCCGACAAAAAGAUUGUUUCUAAGCUGAAGGAUGAAAUUACUCUGAUGGAGAGAGAGCACAGUGACCUUCAGCUGCACAUUGCGAGAACGGACUGGUGGUGUGAGAAUCUUGGCAUGUGGAAAGCCUUCAUUGUCUCAGGCGAGGUUUUAGAAGAGAAUGGAGAACAAGUGCCCUGUUACUCUGUCAUGGUGAGUUUACAAGAAGUUGGUGGAGCUGAAACGAAGAACUGGACCGUUCCCAGGAGGCUCAGCGAGUUUCAGAACCUGCACCGGAAACUCAGUGAGUGUUUUCCAUCAUUAAAGAAAGUUCAGUUGCCUUCUCUCAGCAAGCUGCCCUUCAAAUCCAUAGACCAGAAAUUCAUGGAGAAAUCCAAGAACCAGCUUAAUAACUUUCUGCAGAAAUUGCUCUCUGAUGAAAGACUCUGCCAGAGUGAAGCACUUUACGCCUUCUUGAGCCCUUCCCCAGAGCACCUCAAAGUUAUUGAUGUACAAGGAAAGAAGUCGUCUUUUUCACUCUCCUCAUUUCUAGAAAGACUUCCUGGUGAUUUGUUUUCCCAUCAGGAGGAAGAAGCAGAAGAGGAUAGUGACCUGUCGGACUGGGAUGGGAAAAGGGACUCUCUCGCUGAACCGUGUUUCAUGCUGAUCGGGGAGAUUUUUGAGCUGCGAGGAAUGUUCAAGUGGGUCAGAAAAACAUUAAUUGCACUAGUACAAGUCACUUUUGGAAGAACUAUCAACAAGCAAAUCCGUGACACUGUGCACUGGAUGUUCAGUGAACCAAUGCUUGUUUACUACAUUGGUGUGUUUCGAGAUGCUUUUUGGCCGAAUGGAAAGUUAGCACCACCACCGAGAGCCAAGAGUGAUGAACAAAAGCAGGAGACAAAACAGAGAGCACAGCAAAAACUACUUGAAAACAUUCCAGAUACUCUGCAGAGUCUUGUGGGACAACAAAAUGCCCGUCACGGUGUUGUGAAAGUGUUCAAUGCGUUGCAAGAACGAAAGGCCAACAAGCAUCUACUCUAUGUUUUGCUGGAACUGCUGCUAACGGAACUGUGUCCUGAGCUCAGAGCUCAUUUAGAGCAGCUUAAUGCCACUUAGGUUGGAAUCUGCACAAUUGGACCACUAGAGAAAUGUCUAUGUCCAAUAAUAGACAUGAAACUUAUUUUCCUCUUUUCCAGAGAGGGCUGAGGACUAUGAUUAUUUUUAGCGUUUUUCUUUCCUCUUGAGUUUUUUGUGAGGUGAACAGACUUGAAAAGAUCUGAUGCUGUAGUAGGGUAGACAAAACAAUGCUGUAUAGUUGCCAAUUUUUAUUUAAAUUGUUCUAUUUGACUACUCUUCUGUUUCAAAUAUAGAUUGAAAAAUAAAUGUUCAUAUAAGCUGAAAGAAACCAGAAAAUAUUUUAAACAUUUAUGAAAAGAAAUUUUGCUUAUAGUGGUAAACUAAUGAAUGUUGUACAGUUCUAAUCUCCUCACUGAGGAUUCGAGCAUUCCUUUUUUUCUUGUGUAUUGAAAAAGCCUUGUCGUGCAAUACUACAUGUAAAACUAUUGUGGAAAAUUUUAUCAAUUUUGUUUUUACCAAAGAUUUCCCAUAGUUCGAAGCAUUUGUAAGCAAUAAAUCACACAACUGGAUUGCAGCACUUGCUAAUGAGGCUGUACUGACAACUAAUGAGUGAGUCUGACAGCACUGGUUUCGUAAGGAAUCUUCGUGUUACUUUGAAGUCUGUGUCGAAAAUAUGUAUUGUAAACUGGU